ACUUUGGAAUUUGCAUAAUAGAUAGGGAGCGAGAGAAGUUUCCACUACAGCUAUGCCUAUGCCCUCUUAGUUACCACUCUGUCCUCCUGUAAUAAAACUACACAACAAUGCCUACUCCUUCUCUUCCCGCCUCCCUGUACAGUACUACCACACUUCUGCUCUCUUUCCUAGUCUUGCUGCAACUAGCUCUUGCAGGACUAGCCCUAGGAGAUUGUGAUGCCACUCUCGACUUGCUUGUGAGCGAAGGAAGCAUCGAGGAACUGUCUAAUGUGACAGAUUCCCUGACAGAAAGUUCGUCAAUAUUUAUAAUAAGGAAUGGUACGAGUCGCGUACUCAGUAAUGGCUACCUUCAAGUUAGUGAUACUGGUCAAUCAUUGGAUCCUCUCCCUCCUUCAAUUCAUGAUAUUACACUUGAGCUAACACUCAAUGCUGAUAAUAAAGUUCAGUUCCAGUACUUCAUUUCACAAACAAAUAAUGCUGUUUCUCCUUCUCUCUCAAUCCCUCCAAUAGUUACUACUGAUACAGAAUUUGAUUUAUUGCUCCAUUGCAACAGAGCCAGUCCCGUACUAACAGCAGUCACCGUUCAACUAAACCUCACUGUUGAUGAGACCUGCACUUUGAUGAUAGAAUUUAUCAUCCAAAAAGACUGCAAUAAUCAAAGCAUGUUUGUAUCAGACAGUUCAUCAGCGAGUGAGAUCAUUCCUCUACCAACUAUUUCCUCUAUAAAAUCAUCUGAACUCAAUCCUACCUCAACCCUCUUUUCAUUUGAAACAUUUCCCCCCUCACCCUCUACUUCCUCUUCUUCUCUUGAUCUGAUUCGUUCCUUGUCUACUAGAGGAGCUAGUUCAACUCUGUCCCUUUCUCUCUUUUCCUCAUUUUCUUCAUUUAGUUCAGUGACAAGCUCUCUCUCAUCGUCAAGUGGAUACUUAGCUGAGACCACACCCAUAACCACACCAACUUUGCAACCAACACCUUCAUUGUCAUUAUCAACAACUUCUUAUUUUGCUACAUCUUCUAAAGAUAUUGAGUCGACAGUGACCACUCCCUCAUAUUCGACGUCAUUACAAGUUUCGUCUAUUUCGUCAUCAUCAUUUAAUGGAAUCACAUCAUCAAAAAACACGCCCUCUGCUAUGACCACGCCCUCUGUUGUGACCACACCCUCUGUUAUAACCACGCCUAUAAUGACCACACUCUCGAUAUCAGAUGUAUCUUCAUUUUAUUCUACUCCCAGUGUGUCUGUUAGUCCCACAGAUGAGGCUGGCUCAUUGCCCUGGGUCCUCUAUGUGGCUGCUUUUGGUCCCAUUGCUGGUUUCCUUGCUCUCUGUAUUCUCAUCAUUUGUCUGUGUCUCUGCUGUAUACGCUGUGCCAAGAAGAAAGGAAGCCAAUCAUUUGCUGAUGAUCAAUAUGUUGAGCCAUUCAGUUAUUACGGUGACAAUUUCGAAGACGAUGUCAAUGCAGACAAGUACAAGAAGCUUGAGGCACCAAUAUCAGUUUGGACCAGUCUGCAUUGGGGCUCACUGACAUCACUCCCUCUCCACAUUCAAACUCUUGUCCGCACUAUUAACAUUGACAGGAAGAAGAUUGCUAUCACCAGCACCUUUCUAAGAGGUACUCACGGAUGCCUGAACAGAGGUAUACUGAUGAUGGAUCGUAUCAACCCAUCCAGUGAAGAUAACGUUGGAACCGUCAUGAAAAUUAUGACAAGUCUAGGGGACAGAGGUCACAGAGAAGACAUUACUCAUUUCAUCGAUCUCACUACGUCAAUGCAAGGACUAGAGCACGUCAAUAUACUCCCACUACUCGGCCUCAGUAUUGAGGACAACUGUGUACCGAUAGCGAUAUACCCACUGACAGAGUAUGGUAACCUUCACUUUACCCUGGAGAUGUGUAGGCUGUUACCUCAUGAAAAUCCUCUCUCGCCAUUCACAAUUGAUUUAAAAAUCAACUUCUCUUACCAGCUCUCUUCAGCGAUGACCUUUCUUGCCGAUAAGAAGGUCAUUCUUCAGGACCUUGCCCUACGUAAUUGCUGGCUUGACGCUAAUUUUGUGCUCAAACUCUCGGACGGUGCUCUCUUUCAAGACUUUUAUCCGGAGUGCUACACUAGCAUAAAGGGAGCGGUAAGACCAGUCAAAUGGUCAGCCAUUGAGACACUUCAGGAAGGACUCAUUACUAUACAGAGCAAUGUGUGGUCUUUUGGUAUUGUAGUGUGGGAGAUAUUCUCUGUUGCUAAAGAGCCGUACCUUGAUAUACCUAAUAAGAGUAUCACAUCUCAUCUUAUGAUGGACGGUAGACUAGGAUCACCUUCUGACGACUGCCCUGACAGAAUUAACUCGCUGUUGUCGUCUUGCUGGCACAAAAGAGGAGAGGAGAGACCACGUUUCUCUUUCAUUAACGAAACUCUUUGUUCUCUUAACAAGUCAUACUCGCCCUCGCUGGCCCUCAGACGUCACAUGAACCCGUCCCUCCAAGAACUGACCACGCCCUACUCUGCCACGACCUUCGGCAAAGAGAACAUACAAGUCACAAUAGAACCGUCUGCAACGGAAAACAGUUUCGAUCACUCGACCCCACGUCACAGCAAUGGUAACGCAGUCGGGAUAAGCGGAGGAGGAUCAGGAGAAUGGUCUUUAAAGAGAGGAAGUGGAGGAAGAAGAGGAGGAGGAGGCAGUGACUUACACUUGAGUGGGACCAACAGCAUAGGGCGAGGUAGCAAAGCAGAAAAACUGAGCUUGUCCUUUAGUAUUUUAGACGAUUCCAUUGGAUCAGGAGAAGGGUCUGACGAAGAAGGUGACGGGUCGUUCCCAUCUACUCUCAAGUCCCGUGUCUCGGUUGGUAUCGCCCCUGCUUCCUCACAGACAGAAAAAGCCGAGAGUCUAGCAACACUGCAACCCUCCUCGCUGAGCCCCACCCUAGCCACACCUACAAUACUACCUCCUGCUAGUCCUGACAUUGCAGCCUCGACGACAGCAGAGUCUGCUAGCAGUCGGAGCAGUAUACUAAUGCCAGCUGCUGUAUCUACUGACAGAUCAAGCUUCUACUCGACUGGUAUCGACAGCAUUAGCACAACAUUCUCCACUCCCCUGCCUCACUUGCUUGGCCACACCCCCAGCAUCAACGGAGGGAUUGAAAUGAAGUCUUACUCUGGAGGCGGAGACCAAUCGGAGCUCCGCCCACAAAUGAUGACCACUCCCAUUAAAUCGACUGACUCUGGUAUUCGGAGUGACGAGGAGAGCUCUGCUUCGUCAAAGUCGUAUGAUUCCGGUCACGUGACUCGUAAAACAGAGUCUUCUAGUAGCAUUAGCAAUCAAGCCCCUCCCCCUGCCCCACCCACAGAGAGUACCGGAAUACAACUAAGAGAUCCUAGGACGGAGGCCCUAAGGAAUUCUAAUUUAAGAGACUCUGAUACAAGCCACGUCAGUCUUGGACUAGGUGUGACGGAUUUUUCUUCGGAGCUUUUGGCUGCUUUUGAUAACUUCUCAUCUUUCCAGUCGUAAUAAAGUGACCUAGCACUGGUUUAACUGGUUGCCUGCAUGUAUGUGUAAUCUAAUUUGAUCGAGGGAUUGUUUUAUAUAGCAAUUCAUUUUGUGUCAAUUCAAUUCAUUCUUCUCUUUUAUACCUCCUCACUCAUGCAUUCUCUCUCUCUCUCUUUUUAUUAAUUUUAUUAUUAUCAUUAUCAUUCUUUUUCUUAUAUAUCAUUUCCGAGUGUUGUUUUUAUAUUAAACAUACUAACUCUAUAUGAACCUUCAUGAUACUUAUAGACUUA